AUGGCGUCGAAACGUCGAGAAGAAACAGAAUUAUGUGAGUCAGACAGCCCAAUAACGCAACAAAAUAGUAAGGACCAAAGAAGUUUCCUGAAAUUCUUAUGGUGGCCCAAUGGUGACAUAUCCAAAGACCUUGAGGAAUAUCAGAUGAAUGUAAACCUCUUUGGAGCUGUGUCCUCACCAAGCUGCGCAAACUUUGGCCUUAGAUGUUCUGCUGACGAUUUUGUAGACGAAUAUGAGGAAAAAUCUCGACAAGUGCUCAAACGAAWCUUCUACGUAGAUGAUUGCUUACGGUCCGARGAAACAGAAGAGAAAGCUAUCAAACGCAUAAGAGAAGUAAGCAGCAUAUGUCAAAARGGAGGAUUCCACUUAACAAAGUUCGUGAGCAACAAGAGACCAGUGCUACAGUCAGUACCGCAGCAUGAAAGAGCUAAAGAUGUGAAGGAACUGGACCUUAGCUGCGACCAYUUACCCGUAGAGCGAGCCCUGGGUGUCCAGUGGAGCAUAGAACUCGACAACUUUGAAUUCAGAAUUGUCCUGAAGGAUAAACCUCUAACGAGACGAGGAAUACUUUCUACGAUAAGCUCUGUGUACGAUCCUCUUGGAUUUGCAGCACCAGUCGUCUUACAAGGUGUGCCAAAAGAAAACUGA